AUAUAAAACUCUCUCUCUCUCUCUCUCUCUCGUUUGCUCAGACACGCGGUGUGAGUGUGAUGAUCCGUUUGCAUGAACGAAUCCAUCCACUAGCUUGAGCUUUGAGCUGCGAUGUUGCUCCACUGAUACCGAUUCACUCUCUCGUUGGCUGUCACCGUUCCCGAAUUUCGCCGAGAUGGACGAGGAGGAAAUGCUGAAGCGGAACACCGAUUGCGUCUUCUUCUUGGCCUCCCCCCUCACCUGCAAGAAGGUGACUCUCGAGAAUGGGGUGGAAUGCGAGUACCGACACAGUGAAAUCGCAAGGCUCAAUCCGAGGGAUUGCUGGUACUGGUUGACAGGGAACUGUCUUAACCUUGCUUGUGGCUUUAGACACCCGCCUCUAGACUUGGGCAAUGAUGCAAAAGCUGAAUCCACCGUCCUCCUGCAUCAGUCUUCUGCAACUGUGAAGAAAACCAAUGUGCCUUGUUAUUUCUAUUACAGUGGCUUCUGUAGUAAAGGCGAAGGUUGCUCCUUUUUCCAUGCCCCUGAUUUGUUUGCACCUUCUACUGCUAAAUCUUUGACUGACAGCUCUGCUGUCACCAAGAGGCCUUUGUCAAAAGAUGUUGCAAUAGCUAGGAAGACCAUCAGAUCCAAUCCAACGGAGAGAAAACUCAAUUUAUCCAGAACAUUUCCCAAGGCCGCUGCUCAACCUCAACCAGCCGCUGGGCUGCCUCAGAUUCCUGUUACCAAGAAUGAGGUGGCCCCUGUAGAAGGGUCUGGAUCUUUGCUUGCAGCUGGUCUCACACUGCAAAGGUCUCGCAUAUCCCCCAACCAGAGUCUAGAGGAGCGAUUCGCGACAGAGGAGAAAUGGAAAGCGUCUCCAGGUUCUCAGGUUUUCGCCGAUGGUAAUAAUUCUGAAAAUCUGUAUUAUGAGGACUAUCAAGAAGGGUAUUCACCACCAUAUGUUCAGCACGAGGAAGAACUGAAUAGCCCCCCCUUGGAUUACGAAUUCGAAGAGCCAUCUGAAUAUGAUCCCAUGAACCCUCACACAGAUAUUUUCCGCGAGUGUGGGAUGUAUGACUCUUGGAGUGGUUCGAAGUUGGCUCGUACUCGGGAUAUUACUGUAACAGUCCAAGAUGAGUUAAGCAGGAGAGUGCCAGAUUUCUUAUCAUCCAGCGAGAGGAAUUUGCUACAUAUGGAACUGGAAAUUGGAGAUUGCCCCAGUGUUUUUGAUCUUCGAGACUGUCUGAGGAGACGCAGGGGAAGUGAGGACUGUCCGGCUUCGUGGUUUUUGAGAAGACAUAAGUCUUCUCGUUCCAAUGGUUAUAAGCGUUCAGGACUCGGGAGGAAUGGGUUUAGCCAAAGACUGCACAAAAGGUUGACGGCGUUAGUUGGGAAGAGUUCUGUUGAAUCGCUUAGAAAUUAUGGAUAUUCCUUUACUGGAGUAAGGAAACGUGAAGCACUUAGGCGGGCGCGAGUCCAGAACUUCUGGAAACAUAAGGGGAAAAGGCAGCUCAAUGCUACCAGAGCUAUAAGAAAUUCAUUCUCAAGGGGGCACAGGUCCCGUCGGGAGGAUUCUGCAACUUUUGCGGGACCCAAGACUCUUGAUCAAAUCAGAGAAGAGUGCAUGAGAGCUGAAGUUAAUGGGGAAGACUCAGCGGGGUGCUCGAAGAUCAAUUCUUCAGUGGAUUUCCAGAGUCCAAAGCCUCUGAGUGAACUCCUCAAGAACAAAGCAGGGUAGCAUUGCAGCUGAGUCGCAGAGACAUAUCCAAGUUGUGGAGGGAGAGGAGGAUGUACCAUCUUGAGGAGUCUCUCCUAGUAGUUGUAUCACAUGUAAUGAGCUCAAUGAAGCAGGGCGAUUUGGAUCUUGCUUUCUUGAUUUUUUCCAAGUGGUGGUUGUACACCUUUUAGUGAGUAAGCCAAUAUCUCUUGGAGGGCGACUCCACAGCGCACAUCAGUUCGGCCAAUUGAACUGAGGAGGAGGCUGUGUUCAUAGUGUUGAUUGUUGUAAUUCGUGUUAUAGUACUCGCCAUAGACAAACUUUGUAUCUGUAGCUGAUGGAUUUAACCCAGUGAAUUCGAUCGUCUUCAAUCUCUAUUACUUGUUCUCAUCUGGCAAGGUAAAAGUUGCUUGUUACGGUUGUC